GAGCGAUUCAAUAUCGAAGAUGGCGGCUUUAGCAGGCCUACGAGUAAUUGAGUUUGCCGGCCUUGCUCCAGUGCCCUUUACUGGAAUGAUACUUGCAGAUUUUGGAGCCGUUGUAACUCGCAUAGACAGAGUAAAAUUAGCUUUGGAUGCAGAUCGUCUUGCUCGCGGAAAAAGGUCCGUUGCCAUCGACUUGCAAGAUUUCCGUGGAAAAGAAGUGGCAAGAAAGUUGUGCUUGAAGGCCGACGUGUUGAUCGAGCCCUUCAGACCAGGAGUGAUGGAGAAACUCGGCCUAGGACCGGAGAUAUUAUUAAAAGAAAACCCUAGUUUGAUAUACGCUCGAUUAACAGGUAUGUAUAUAUUCAAAGGAUACAAUAGUGGAUGCAUUAUGGUAUUCUCAUAUGAGGUAUAUGCCAUACAAUAGACCGUUUCACAGUUAUGAGCUUAGUACCAUAGCCCUCUGAGUGAAUGUGAGGCUGGGGUUGACUUUGCUUUAUACAACCUGUUUUCUUUUCUUAUGAAAAUUAUGGAUGGGGCAACGGGAAGAGUGAAAAUUACAUUUACUGUAUAAAAUCCCCCAUUAAGCCCCCCCCUCAAAUAAUCUCCCCUCUCUAAUGAGCUUCUACCCCCCAUUUCAAGAGAAGAGAGUUAUUUAGCCAUCCCUCUCUGUUUACAGUCAAACCUGCCCGGCAAAACCGUGAACACUUCAAACUUCUCCUGGCAUGUUUUAUUGUGUUUUGACCAAUCACAGCAAAGAUCAGGACUUGCAAACUAGCCACAAAACCAAAAACUUAUAAAUGUUCUGCGAGAAAUAUUUCUGGGGGUCACGGUUUUCCCAGUUUCACGGUAAGCCCCACUCCCCCUAUUCUUAAAUAAUAAAAAUAUGUAUGAAUGGUCACAACUGUAACACUUUGGAAUUCGUAUGAUCCGGUAUGGCUAAUUCGCAUACUGGAAGUUUCGGAUUUGGUUUUGAACUUCGGUUGCAUGUGAUCUCCGACCUCAUGUGUCCGAGCUAUUCCAGUUAGCCUGUGAACAGGCUCCCAAGUGGAGUGGGGCGAAAAAGAAAACCAGUAAGUGAAGUGAGCCGAGUGUGGCCUGGAGACUCAGGAAAAAAGGCAGGGGAGCCUGAAGCCUGAAAACUUUGUUGUGAUGAGAGAGAGAGAGAGAGCAAGGCGAAACACUUUCAAUCUGGACAGCUCACCAAUGAAGGACUGUCCACUUGUUUGCUUUAAAAUGGCAUGCACUUAACACUGAUGUCCGCCUAGCCUGCAUAGCUGGUGGGAUUGUUGUGCCUAUAUGGUACUUUCCCAAUGUUCACGCGGCUCUGGUGCCAAAAAACUACAGCACUCACCCACUAAUCCCACCAGCUAUGGAGGCUAAUGUUCACCUUACAGGCAGAGCCUCUUGUGGAUGUGGUCAAUUUAAGAGCUUUCCUCUUGUUGAGAGGGUUAAUAAUAUUAUACUAUUUUGCAAUCUUUGUUUGCAGGUUAUGGUCAAACUGGUAGUAAUGCUAAAAGAGCAGGUCAUGAUAUCAACUAUGUUGCCCUCAACGGCUUACUGUCCAUGCUGCAAUGUAAGGAUAAAAAACCGUAUCCACCCAUAAAUCUCUUGGCAGAUUUUGCUGGUGGAGGUAUGACUUGUGCCCUUGGAAUAUUACUGGCCUUGAUUGAGAGAAACAGAUCAGGAAAAGGUCAAGUCAUUGACUCAUCAAUGGUAUGGACCUUGAUAGAAGGAGUAUGGAAUGGUAAAUUUGAGACUUUGAGACUGUGAGACACCAGUUUCAAAAUUUGAGACCAAGACUUAAAAAAAUUUGAGACUCCAGGAUGCAAAAUCAGACAAAAAUGAGACUUUGAGACCUGUCACAAACACUUCUGAGAUUUCGAGAUUGGGCCAAAAUUUUCCAAGACCCACGGAUUUCGAGGAACCAUCCUAUGCCCCUAAUAGACUAAAUAGAUGAUUUAAUCACAAAUGAAUAUAAACCCAGGGCAAAUUUGUUUGUUGCUGAGUUACCACUGUGGGGCAAGCAUUCAAGGGAAGUUAGGAUAGAGGUCUGCCCUAGAGAACUUUAGUUAUGACCAGAUUCAUUUUAUUUUGCAUACAGAAUUCAGUAAUUUUUCAAACUGACAUCUUGGAAUAUUUUUUUAUUAAUUUCCUCUGGGAAAAAAAAUGUUGGCACCACCAGAGUAGACCACUCAUUGCUAACUUUCACACCCUUGUAAAAGGACCCCAGUCCAAAAAGACACACCAUUCAAUCAUAUAUGCUUUUUUAAGACUCAAGACCCUGAAAACUAAACUCUAUUUAGAGGCACAUACUCAUACAGGACAAAUAAGGAGCUUACCCUGUGUUAAUUACAAAUGGAGCAUAUAAGUUGUUAUGGUAACGACCUAUGGAUUUACGGUUUAGGCACUCAUAUUUAUCUGAACCACACUGAACUGUUUUAUUUUUUCACUUCGUUUUUCUCAAAGGUUGAAGGCGCAGCUUACAUUGGAUCAUUCAUUUACAAGAACCUUGAUUCAGAAUUUUUAUGGCCAAACAAAACUGAGCCAGGCGCCAACCUGCUGGAUUCUGGGGCACCAUUUUAUGACACCUAUCAAACAGCAGAUGGAAAAUACAUGGCUGUUGGUGCUGUUGAACCCAAGUUUUAUGACAGACUUUUAAAGGGUAUGCUGAUGUUGCACAGGCAGCCCAACUUACAUGCAAGGAAGGGUGUAACAUAUUCUUACAUAUGCUGCAGAGGGAGGAAAUUGACCAUUGGCGGUCAAAACAUUAAGGGGAAUAAUACAUUCUGAUUUACAAGCCUUAAACAAGGCAAAUUCCACUUAUCUUGUAAAACUUGAAUAAGCCAACUUGCUCAGUUGAUGUGUAUUUUUUUUUUUUGGUCUAGUGAAAUAUCAUUGUUAGAAUUUUUGGCUUCAUACUGAUUCCACUUUUUGUCCCUUCUCAACUCCAGACACCCUUCUGCACAUAGUGAGUUUGGGUUGCCUGUGGUUGUUGUCAAAGCAACUGACACAGUCAUCAUUUGUAGAAAUAGUGGCAAAGUUAAAUUUUGCCGGAAGUGGCCCAAAUCUCGUACAGGUGGGAUUAACCCGGCCAAAUCUCUACCUUGUUAAGCAUAUGCUAUAUUAUUAAAAGAUUACAUUCCAAUCCUCUUUUGUAUAGCAAUAGGAAUCUUUGGUAUUUUGACUGUAUACGGUACUCAUGAAUUUAUUUGUUGUGUUUUCAGGGCUUCAACUGGAAGGACAACUUCCACAUCAGAUGGAUAUGGAUCAGUGGCCUAAAAUGAAAGAACAAGUUGCGAAGGCAUUUGCAUCAAGGACUCAAGCAGAGUGGUGUGAAACCUUCAAAGAUCUUGAUGCUUGUGUUGAACCAGUGUUGACAGUAGAUGAAGCAGUAAUCCACCCCCAUAACAAAGACAGAGAAACGUUUGUCUUAAAUGAGGGGUUGUACGAGCCAACCCCAGCGCCCAAGCUAUCAAGAACUCCUGGAAACUGUGAACAAACACCUUCGAUAUGUAUUGGGCAACACACAAAAGAGAUCUUACUGGAAGCGGGUUAUUCACAAGCUGAAAUUCAGGAACUGUUAAAAGAGGGGGUUGUUGAUUGCCCAAACAUGAAAUCAUCGCUUUAG